AUGGCAGUAGCAGAGCUAUCAACACCUUUAUACACAAGGACCCGCCUUGUUCACUCAUCCCAGCUCUCAUUCUCCUCGACCCAUCUCCGCAGUUACAGGCGUGUCGCCUUUCGACCGCUCCCUCAGGCUAAAAAUGCCAGAAUAUCUUGCUCUGUUGCACCCAAUCAAGUUCAAGCUCCUGCUGCUCCGCCACAAACCGUGGAACCGAAGAACAAGGCUGAGUGCUUUGGCGUCUUCUGCCUCACCUAUGAUCUCAAAGCUGAAGAAGAAACAAAAUCCUGGAAGAAAUUAAUUAAUAUUGCAGUAUCAGGUGCAGCUGGGAUGAUAUCUAAUCAUUUACUCUUUAAACUUGCAUCUGGUGAGGUUUUUGGGCCAGACCAACCUAUUGCAUUGAAGCUAUUGGGAUCUGAAAGGUCGUUACAAGCUCUUGAAGGAGUUGCAAUGGAAUUGGAAGAUUCCCUAUUUCCGUUGUUGAGGGAGGUCAGCAUAGGCAUUGAUCCAUAUGAGGUGUUCCAAGAUGCAGGAUGGGCACUUUUAAUAGGAGCAAAACCUCGAGGUCCUGGAAUGGAAAGAGCUGGCUUGUUGGAUCUAAAUGGGCAGAUUUUCGUCGAGCAGGGAAAAGCUCUUAAUGCCGUAGCAUCACGUAAUGUCAAAGUGAUAGUAGUUGGCAACCCUUGUAACACAAAUGCACUCAUUUGUUUAAAAAAUGCUCCAAACAUACCUGCAAAAAAUUUUCAUGCUUUGACACGGCUGGAUGAAAACAGAGCCAAAUGUCAGCUAGCCCUCAAAGCAGGUGUCUUCUAUGAUAAAGUGUCAAACAUGACCAUCUGGGGAAAUCACUCAACCACUCAGGUUCCAGACUUCUUAAAUGCUAGAAUUAAUGGCUUGCCUGUCAAAGAGGUCAUCAAGGAUAAAAAAUGGUUGGAGGAGGAGUUUACUGAAAGCAUCCAGAAGAGAGGAGGUGUGCUCAUAAAAAAAUGGGGAAGAUCUUCAGCCGCAUCAACUGCCGUGUCAAUUGCAGAUGCUAUAAAGUCUUUGAUUACUCCUACCCCUGAGGGUGAUUGGUUUUCAUCCGGAGUUUACACCAACGGAAAUCCCUAUGGUAUAGCAGAGGAUAUAGUAUUCAGUAUGCCAUGCAGAUCUAAAGGAGACGGUGAUUAUGAACUUGUGAAGGACAUACAAUUUGAUGACUAUCUUCUCAAGCGAAUAAAGAAGACUGAAGAUGAGUUACUAGCUGAGAAAAGAUGUGUCGGUCACCUUACUGGGCAGGGUAUUCCUGUUUGUGAUUUACCCGAGGAUACGAUGCUUCCUGGAGAGAUGUAA